CGUUGUUUUGUUUUCACUUUUCUGGGUGUAUUUCUGAAAUAAAUAAACACUGAAAUUUUCUUACUUAUAAAGACUCGAUUUAAUUUUCAAAAAACGUUCGUUGUUGGUUACAAAAAAAUUUGAAAUUAUCCCGAAAAUUACCAAUUAAAAUAAUUUUAAUUGAAUUAUUUAAUUGAAAUUACAUCGCAAAUGGAUAUAACAGCAUUUUCGAACGAUGAUUUUAAUAUCAAAGAUUGGAUUAAUAAAAUUCUUGAGUCUUUGGACUCACAAAAUGACAAAGACGCAUAUGUUGGAUCGCUGAUCAUGAAAUUGCAAUUAUAUGUACAGCAAGUUAACGGUAAUAUUGAGGAUAUAAGUCAAUCGGUAUUAGGAAGUUUGCCAAGAAUAUUUCGGGAAACUCAAUUAUUACAACAGGAAGCUGUUGCCUUAAAAGAUAAAAUGUCUGUUGUAAAAGAUGAAAUCGCUAAGAUUGAAAAAGAUACGUCAUUAUCAAUAAAUUCAUUAGCAAAAAUAGAUAAAAUAAAAUGCGAUCUAGAAAAAGCGAAACAAAGUUUGCAUGAAGCUGACAAUUGGUCUGUUCUGGCAAAUGAAGUUGAAGAAAGUUUUGAAACAGGAGAUAUCGAAAUGAUUUCAAAAAAAAUAUUCAGUAUGCAAAAGUCAUUAAGUAUGUUAACAAACACGAUUGAUUAUGAAGAAAAAAAAUUACAAUUAGAAGGCUUGAAAAAUCGACUUGAAGCUAUUGCUAGUCCGCAAUUAGUCCAAGCAUUUACAACACGUAAUUUAGAACAAUCAAAAUUAUACGUGACUAUAUUCAAUCAAAUAUCACGUCUUGACCAAUUAGAAAAAUACUACAAGAAUUGCACCCGCGUUAAUUUAACCUCCGAGUGGCAAAAGAUAACAACAAACUCCGAAGAUCCAUUCCCCCAGCACCUGAUGUUAUUUUUCGACAAAUUACUCACAACAUUUCCCGAACAAUCUAAAACAACGGCAUCAUUGUUCGUAUCCCCACUCUCUACUUUCCCUGAACGUACGUCCGAGUCUCGUUCCGACCAAUCGCGCUCCGUACCCCCACUCUCGAUUCCCCCAGAUUCAAAUUCUCCCGCCAUAAAUUCCGAUCCCAGCAAAAUAACUCUAACCUUAGAAAUUUAUACCGAAUUACUAUCGACUCUAUCUCCGACUUUCGAAAACCAGAUAUCGAUUUAUUUACGCCAGUAUCCUCCCGCCGAGCAAUUAAUUCCAUUAAUAAAUAUAAAAACAAUAUUUGACAAUUUUUCCAUAAAUUUAUCCCACUUACUUGACAACAUAACCUCAAAAAAUUCAAAAUUACCCACAUUACCCCUCGCAAAGUCAAUUUACUCCCCCCUAGUGACAUUUAUAUCAAAAUACACGACUUACGAGACCGCAUACUUGAACCAACAGCUGAUUAAUCUUCAAUUAACGCCAUCUACAAGUGAUCUAAGUGAAUUAAUACAUGAAUUAUCACUUAGUAUUCCAAAAAUAUAUGAAAUUAUUAAUGGCAGUAUAAAAAGAUGCGUUAAUUUAACAAACUGCUGUGGUUACAAUCAAUUAAUAAUGUCAUUAAACAAUUUGUUAAUCAAUUAUUUGAUUAAUUACACAAAUUGUUUGUCAUUAAUAAGUCAAAUUAAGUCGAAAACCGAAAAUUGGAAUUUAUUUCAACAAUGUCUUACAUUAAUGCAAAUAAUUGGUAACUUACAAUUAACAAUUAAUGACAUUAAUCGUCAAUUAAUCACUACCUUUAAUGAUUACAAUAAUAAACUUAUAAAUAACAACAAUAAUUUCACAAAAUAUCAUCUAUUGCUGAUUAAUAAUUCCGAUAAAUCGUUAAAAGAAUUCAUUAAUACGAUUAAUGAUGAUAUAUUUAAUGAUAUUAAUAAUCGGAUUAAUCAGCUGUGUUUAAAAUUAUACAAAGUAACUUAUGAGGUUGUUUUUACGCCAAUUUACACGCAAUUAUUGGUCAUCAAAAGUUUAAAAUGGUCGAAGAACGACAAUAUUGACGUUAAUGAGGUUAAUGAAUCAUUAAUCGAUUUACCGGAUUACAGUUUUAUACCCCAAGAAUUUAUAACGUUAAUUGGCCAGUAUUUGAUGACUUUGCCGCAACAUUUAGAGCCAUUUUUGUUGACGGACAACCCGAGCUUGAAUUACGCACUCAAAAUGGCCGAUGACAAGUUCAAUCAUUUGGAGGGUGGGAGUGGGGGAUUUACGGGAAUUUUAUUGGGAAUUGUUGCCAAAGACGCGUGUCAGAUGUUUUUUGACCAAAUUUUGGGAAUUCGGGAGCUAGAUGCCAAAGGCUGUAAGCAAUUGGCGGUAGACAUUGACUACCUGGGGAACAUUUUUGAAGAAUUGGGACUCAAGUUGACGGACAAUUUACAAGCGGUGGCAGCACUGCUGAGACUGGGAGCUGACGAUUAUUUAGAAGGAAGUGUAGGUUACAAUCCGCGGAUUGUCGCUGCUGUCAGACAGAUGAGAAAUAUCCCUUCGGGGUAAAUUAUUUUUUUUAUUGUAUUAUUUAU